AUGGCAGGCGACGAAAUCCUGGUCCGGUUGACCACCGGGGCCGGGCGCACCAGGCUCACGGUCCCGACUAGCACAACACUCCAGGAGCUGAAGCAAAGGAUCGAAGGGGUAUGUGAGUUUUUGAGUAUGUAAGACCGACACAAAGAUGACCGCUUGUUUUCUUUGUCAUGCAUCAACUGCUUCUGCUAGACAACUUCAUUUCCACUCUCCUAUGAAAAAAAUACAAGGGCAUAUCAAGGAAAAAAAUCAAAAUCGAACAGCAAACCGGCGUCCCGUGGACCCAGCAGCAGCUCUGCUUCGAGGGGAACCGCCCGGUACCGAACAACCACGGUUCGAAAAUCCUGGAGCUCGGGAUAAAACAGGGCACCAUGCUUUUUCUCGCCAACAGCAAAAACGCGGAGAUAAAGUCCACAUUCACGAACACCCAGAAUUUGUUGGCGAAACCCGCCGAUUUUUACCAGCAAUCCGGCGGGUCGCUGUCCGGCGGAACGGGGGCACCCGGCGGCGCGACCAGCAGUAAAGCACCGCUUUCCGCGCAGCCGACCCCCUCGGACGUGAUGUCGAGCGCCAGCUCCGCGAGCCAAAUGCCGCUGGCGGGGAACAGUGCGAGUAGUAGCAGCAAGAAACCGGCGGAAAGCACCGGAAUUCUGGUAAACGGAAAACCGAUGGAGAUAGGUACAGAUCGUACUUGCGUUUUGUUGCUCGUUGUAGUUUGUUUUGAAAAUCAUGCGGAAGUUGAUGUGAAUCUGUAUUCUUACGGGACACAACUGCAUGAGUAUCUAUCGUACGUUGUCCUGCGUAGAAUGCAAAUUUCAUGUGAAAGAACUUGAACUUACUAUGACUCUCAGCGAAGAAGAACGACCCAACUCACGUGUCCUUCGAAAAGUUUCUGCAGCAGAGGCGGUUCGAAACGGCGAGUCUGCCUGGGAUGCAAACCUACAAGCCGGUGAAGAUAGAACGAGGGAAGCAAAACAAGUUGCCGCCGCCAGUUACGUAUCAAAUGGAAAAAUGUCUGGGUCUGGAAGAUUCUGAGACUUGUCAUGCAUGUUUUGCAUGGGCCGCAAUGUCUGCGAUGCACGCCCUAGCAUCACAGAUUUUUUGAGGGAUAUUCCGCGAUGCCUAUUCCGCAUGACAAAUGCCCUCUCCGCGUACCAAAAAUUGCAUUCGCUUUGCUGCUCAUGCAAUACAGAUUUUUUUGGAAUCCAAAUUCAGCAUCACAAGUUGCAUUCUUCCAGACCCAGACAUUUUUACAUUUGAUAUCACGCUAGGCCAUCAGAAGUUCCGACACGUGGAUUAUUUGGAGUACAGUUCGUGCGUUUAUUUCUGGAGAGUAUUGUCAGACAAAAUUCAAAUUUAAACUACUACAUCAAGCCGAAUUUGUAGUUUUCAAUUUCAUGCAUCUUGUCAUGCGUUGAUCUCAUUCGAAUAAAAGUAAAACAGGUAUAUGAACGCCAGCGCAAUACAAAACUUCGUGGGGUACUGGCAGAGCAGAGACAUGAUGGAGCAGCGGGGAGGCUAUCUGUACGGGUACUACAGGGAAGACAAACAUGUGGAGAAAGGCGUCCGGGCGGUGAUGGAAGGUAUUCGUUAUCGUUUGUCUUGCAAAAUUCCCAUGACACGCAUAAUCUGGUAACCCGUAUGCGACCUUGUGAUGCAUGGUCGGGAAUAGAUGUCCUUGAGUUUGUCAUGCAUAAAUGAUCUAAUCUAAUCAAAAGAAAAACCACAACAGCAAUAUACGAGCCCGUGCAGCCGCAAUCUGACUUUGUGCAGUUUUCGAAAAUACCCGACGCCGGCAGUGACCUCGCAGACAAGAUCGCGAAUCGGCUCGGUACUAGGGCUUUCUACUUUUUGUGCCAUGCAUAAGAUUAGAUUGACUGCUCUUCUACUGGUCGGAGCACUUUUCAUUCGCUAGCUGGUGCAAUCGCAUUCUCACGCAUGCCUGCCGCAACACAGAUGUGGCUUGUCAUGCACGCUACACGUACACACAAAUCAGGUCUCGAAAAAAUCGGCUGGAUCUACACCGGUUUGCCACGGGACGAGUUGCUAAACGCCCAGGAGGUGCUGGAAAUCGCUCACAUGCAGCAAAGGUACUUACUACUUUAUGAGGCAGGAUAGGGAUUUGUUUCAUCCAAAAUUUGUGAUGCAAAGAGUGCUGUAACCAGCACCAGUUCUACUUCUUGAUUGUUGUCAUGCCAAAAUCCCCUCUCAACAAAACCACCACUGUCAGGUAUAAAAGCAAAAAGCACUAUUCCGGCUACGAACUCUCCACCUUCGUUACCUGCACCGUCCGCCCCGACGUGGAGAACGGUGGGCAGCCGGACACGAAGGUGUUCAUGUGCAGCGACCAGUGCUCUGCCAUGCUGCGCGACGGCUGUUUGGACGAGAACAAUUUGGAUCCGAAAAACAUGAAAAUCAAGCCCCCACCAGAACCGGGCAUCAUCAUGCCGGCGGUGUUGCAGUCCGGGAAGGACGCGGGGAACUUCGACCCGGACUGGUUCAUCAUCCGCGUGAACGACGGCCAGCCCACGGCGAGGAAGAAGAAAUCCAUCUUUUCCCAGUCUCUCUUCCCCUUCGCGAAUCGACCCGGGAAGCCGCGUAUCACACAGAAAAAAGCUGGCAGGGCGUAUUUGUAAUGCAAAGAUAAAUACACAAAAAAAGCUGCAUUGCAUAACCGAAACAGCAUACUAUGGGGCCACCCAUGACAAAUCUUUCUGUGUAUUUAUUUUUGCAUUACAAAUAAUAUGCCCUGCCAGCUUUUUUCUCUGGGAUACCGCGGCCCAGCCGGCAGGAUUUCCGGAACUACAUGCAGCAGGCGGCGCCCGGGGGCCCGAGUUAUGACAAUGAAAAAUGCCCCCACCCCCGAACUUGAAAGCAUUUGUAUUGCAAACCUUUCCAAAUGAAACAUUCGCCCUCUUGCAUGCAUCAGCAUCACAGAUUUCCGAUCGUGAAGAGCAAAAAUUUGUAUCGCAAAAGAUCCCAGCAAGAGCGGUGCUUGUCAUGCAAGCGAUGCGAAACACAACUAGAAUUCGCAUCAGAAAGAUUCGUACUCCUUUCAUGCAUGACAAAAAGUUUUCAUUUGGAAACUUCGCAUCACAAAUUUUUGCAACUUUGGGAGUGGGGGGGCACUUUUCACUGUAAUACGAGUUGGGCCAAGUUCGCGGACUUUCACGCGCUGAUCUGGCUCGCACAGGAGUUCGACAUCGAUACGGUGUUCACGAUCUGCGACUCGGUGCGGGAAAGGAAGGACGUACUGCCGGGAAUCAUGGAAAUGGUGGGCGCGCUGUAAGGAAGUACUUACUUCUUGCGGGAUGAAAGACUACGUGCAGUUACCACACACAACUACCUGGUGUCGUUGUUCUUCCUCUGGGCGGCCUGUUGGGGAACGGCCGUGGUUUGUUGUUGUCCCAGUGGUUUGCGUACCACCCCAAAAGCGACGAAGUAGACUUUUUGAAAGCGACUUUUUCAGAAUACGACGACUUUUGAUACUUACUUAUUACUCACGAGCGGUUAUUUGAAUGGCAAUGGGCAAAUGCCGUUAUUUUUGCCAGAAAUCUCGAGUCCUGGAGAUUUCGCACCCUGGAGAUUUAGUACAACAUAGUAUUUUCCCAAUCAAGAAUCAUGACCUGAAUGAAGGACGUUAAACCGAAUCAUGACCCCGCUGAAUUGUUGUUUUAAAAACUGAAUUUAUCUGUUGUUGAUACAACACAAGAUUCGAAUAAGCUAAAGCACAAGCAAAAAAAAAACGAGGACUCUUCGCUUCGAGCCUCUACGAUAAU